AUGAACCCGCGGCUGCGGCACUGGCGGGAGGCGGCCACGCUGCUGCUGGCGGCGGGCACGCCGGGCCGGCCGCCGCGCUCGCCGCUCGGCCCCUUCGACUAUGAGCUGCUGCUGCUGCGCCGCAGCGCCCGCAGCGGCUUCAUGCCCGGCGCCCACGUGUUCCCGGGCGGGCUGGCGGAACCGGCGGAUUUCUCCGAUUCGAUUUGUACCCAUUGUACUCCUUGUUCUGUCACUACGGUUCCUGACAAAGAGUCCCUGUCCAGCUUCCCUGCAGUCCCUUCAGAUCCUGGGAGGUGCUGUGAGUGGUCAUCACCUCCAGAAGCCAUCGAACGUUUUAAGUCUCAAGAGAUCUGGUUUCCUCCACCUCAGUUUUAUGAAUUCUGCAGGCUGUGCAACUUCUCUUCCCUGGAGGAGCUGCAGAAGUUCAGCUCUGAACGCGCUCUUGAGGGCUGUGAGCGCUGGAUGCCGGUGAUGCUGAGUGCUGCAGAUGGACUCAUCCAGCUGCUGCCAGGAGAUGAGUUAUAUCCAGAAGAUCCAGAUUAUACUGGAGAAAAGAAAAUGAUUAUGUCAACAAAUAAGAAGGUUGAAGAUCUCAUGAAAGAGGCUGGGAUAUUUCACAGGAUAGUAAUAAAAAACACCAACAAUCUUGCUAUCUAUGUUAAUAUUCAAGCAAAAUAUAAGCAUAUAAAUCCACUGAUGAUGCAGUCUGAUAAUUCAGAUUACAAUAGCAGAUUAUAGUAUGUCAUUGGUUUAAAUCUAGAUUUUUAAUUGCAUAUAUGUCACUAUGGGUUUGGUACUUUUAAACUGUUGCCAAAUAGUCAUGAAAAUAUUCCUCUGUCCUGCCAAAGCAUUAUGUUUGUGUGUGUGUGUGAUGUCACAUCUAUGUGUAUCUACUCUUGAGUCUUUAGAAACAGAACAGUUGUGCCACUGUUGGCUCACAAAGGUGCUCUUCUCACUGAAAAUUUAAGUAUAUAUUAUGUUCAGAACAAGCAGAGAGGAGCCGAAGAAUUCUUUUACUAUGCCUCCCAAAGUUAUCCACUAGAUAACUGCAAUGUGUGUCUAGAAACGAAUCAAAUCUCCCAUAUUUGUUGACAUUUCCCACUCUAUUCUCUCUUCCAUUUUGGGGAAAAGCAAUGAAUGUAUAGAUAUAGAUACAUAAAUUAAUGACAAUGCACUUUUAAAAAGAAUAUUAUAAAGUUAAUUUUUGUAUUUCAUAUACUUAAAUCUUUUCUAUUAAUGUUAAUCAUUCUAAACUACAAUUUUCAAAGGUAGACCUAAUUUAAAUGGAGUCAUCUAUGCAGGAAUUGAGUACAUUCUUUUCAUCAAUUUUUAAAAAGUCUUUAAGUUGUAAGCAAUUUUUAAAAAUUAAAAGUGUAAUUUUUUAAGCUUCAAAAAGAUAUCAGCAACUUAAGGGAAUAAUAUUGCUCCUUGAAAUACCCACUUCCAUAUUCUAACAUCCCACUUUUUGCUUCUUAACUAAUAUAACUAAUAUAACUGAGAUUUUAGAACUUAAGAGGAAAGAUAUUGCUUAAUUUUUGGUUUGGAUUUUUGUUUAGUUGGAUUUGUCUUUUGUGCAAUAAGUGGAGUCAGUGGAGCAGUUUUGUAAAUUCUUUGUCUGGAAGGAGAAUGAAUGAUGAUUUCAGAAUAGUCAGUGAAGUUGUUCAGAAAGCUUUGUUCCAGCUUUUGUUCUGUGUUUCAAUUAAAACCUUCUGCAACAAUUCCAUUAAAUUGGUUUGUAGCAUUCAUUUGGAUGAAAAAAAAUACUGAAUAAAAAGCGUGUCUUUCUCUUGUCUCUUAGAACAUA